CUACCUGCCCAUUGGCUAACAACUUCUCCGAAGACUCAACAGGUGAAGAUCUUCAAGAAGAGAGUGAAAAUAUUUCUGAAGAAAAGGUACAUCCUUUGGACACAGAUCCUGUAAAUAAGAAACAAUCAGUUGGAACAUUACUUAUAAAUUUUAAGGACUACUGCAACAAUGUUUGUCAAAUCUAAUGACGUGAACUUGCGAUAAUUACCACAGUUUUUCAUGGAUGAAGAAACUGGUUAAGGUUCGUGGUGUCGUCAUGAAGGAAUAAAACUACUUCCACAACAAGCCGACGCCCAGUCAUCCCACGCACUUCCAUAGAAGGCAGCAGACAGGAAUGGCCAUCGAAAAGUAGACAAUUUCGGUGGGCGACCAAAAAAAAAUUUCAACUUUGCGGGCGAAAGCAAUACCAACGAAACAAAUAUCAAAUAUGCCUGGAAGUCUCCUCCUGACAUCGUCGCCGACAUUGCGUGGGGUGACUCGCAACGAAUCGACGCGUUCGGAUUCUUCUGCUGCUUCUAAUACGUCCCAGGGCUCUAUCUCAGGCAAUAAGAAAGUGAGCUUUAACAAGUCUGUACGCGUUAAGAAGUACCCUCGCCCUAAAAAGAACGAUACAUCUUCAUUUAAAAACGAGAAUAACGGAGAGGUUGACGUCAAUGGUACGGAAGUUCCAGGCAGUCCGGGAAAGCGUUUUUGGUUCAAAGUGUACAAGAAUAAACACCGUCAGUCACCAGAUCCCAACGAGUUCCGGCACAAAACUGAGGUCAUCUAUUAUGGCAGCAAUGGAGAUGCUGACGUUAACGGUUAUCACGAUGAUAUCAUAAGCUACCACCCAAAUCCUUCUGCUCUAAAUUAUCCGGUGUUGACUUCAGAAUGUGGAACUCAGACUCCAAGUCGCAAAGGAGAUAACUCAACGCGCACAGCUCUGUUGGGGAAUGAAUUCACUCCGCUUCAUCCGAGUCAGAUGCCCUCUGAUCCUCCUCCAGUGAAAAGGAAUUAUGUAAAAAAAAUUGUCAACCGUUUUAACGAAGAAGCAGUGCUUCAGCGACAGAGAUCUUUUGAAGGUGACACUAUGGGAAGUCCCCCCGUUUCACCACCUGGAUCGCCGAGACAGCAUUCAACUCCCAAACAAAUACCGGUGCCUCCUCCACCGCCUCCUCCUAUUCCUCCAUCCACAUCUGAACCUUUUCCUAGAGCUCCAACGCCUGAAGGAAUUUUUUCUGCUUAUCGAUUAAAAAAGAAUCCUAUUGUUAACGGUGUUAAGGUAAUGUUUGGUAUGAAUCAAGUUAAGAAAGAAGAAAAAAACGAGAAAAUAAAUUCAGAGAAAAAGAUGCAGCACGAAGAUAGGAGAAGUACGGAAUCCGGACCAUACAAAACAGAAAUUGUGAUCUCUGAUGGCUCUGAAACAGAAGUUAAAUCUCCGUAUCCUUCCACCGAUAAAUUUCUGUAUGGAGAGUUUGAUCGCCAUAAUGAGCUUGUUAAACGAAAUGGAAAAUCAAACAUUUCCCUAUCUAUGGAUAAUUUAGGUGACGAUAGUUAUGGAUAUUACUUUGAAGAUGGAGAUAAUCGUGAAAGAAAGAGCAAAUAUCAUGUAGAAGCAUGGGAUAGUGGUAAUCAGUUACUGUUUGACACCACAGAUGUCAAUACUGCUACAGCUAGAACAGACAAAGGUGAAUUUGUUUCAACUGUUGGAGAGAAGCAUCAGCUUUGGAGAAAUAACAAACGUAUAAUAGUUUACGAAGAACCUUCACCAACUAUUAUCAGACGAAAAGCCAAGUCACAAAGUGAUUUAAGCAACACCGAAAACAAACAUUCGCAGGAUGAAAAACUCGAUAAAGGAGUAUCCACGGAUGAGCUAUUUACUCGAAAAGCUGAAAAGAAAGAAACAUUACCGAAAAAGCAAAAAGACUCUUGGUUGAGACAUUUCAGAUCUUCUACAAAAGACAAGGGAAUACAGUGUAGCCAUAUUCCUUCAGAUGAACCAGAAGAACUAUAUGGUUUUGGAAGGUACAAAAUUAUUCGUCCAAGGAAUGGGGUUGUGUCAGCUUUCAGCAAUGUCCCAACUCUAAACAAAUCUAAACAUAGUGAGACUACGAAUACGAUUUCGAGUGAUGUGAAUGGUCAUAACAGUAAAACAAGUGUAAUAUACAGCCAAAUAGAUAAAUCAAAAAAGAAAAAAAAUGGACAUAAAAUUUCGAAGAAGAAAACAGAAGACGGAAGGAUGGGUGGCUUAUUUAAAUCCCGCUCUGAGCCUCUGUAUAUUGGACCACCUCCAAAAUCACAACAGUACUCAAACGAUGAUAGUUAUGUGAAUGAUGAUGGUCUGGAAGAUAAUUAUUUUGAAGACAGAGGAGAGAGAAUUGUGAAAACAUCAAAGAAAAGCUUUGGAUUUCGACUCCACACAGGAAGAGAAGAUGAUGUUGCAGAAGGAACGAAAAACAGCUUCACCGAAGAAGAUUGGUACAAUGUCGAUGGUGACGUGGAAGCUGUAGAAAGACAAAAGAGAAGAGGCCGUAGUCAUAGAGAUAUCGCUGAAGUACGGCAAGAAAUAGCAGAAGAAGAAAUAUCUGAUGCAAGCAGUCUCAGUAACGGCGAACACAGGCGUAAUACUGGAGGUGCUGGAUCUGUUAUGCGAGAAGUAGAUUAUAAGAAACGAGAAAUAUCAUAUGAGAAUGUCCCUAGGUCAGAUGGCGAAAGUAGUAACCAACCUAACAUAGAGAGCGGACUCUGGUAUAGAGACGCCGACGAAGAUUAUCGAAAAGAAAUGGCACAAAGUGAAGUUUCGUACCCGGCUGGUAAUUCAGUAGGCAGUGAUAGAUUCUAUACAGUGGAUCGCAGAGAGAAACCGAACAAAAAAUUACCCCCACCAAGUCCUCGAGCUUAUACUCUUGACCGCCGCCAUUUAAAGAGUAAGGAUAAGAACAAGCAAGUUCCUAAUACCAGUGGUGUGAAAAUCUUAGUAAAUGGCAAAGAAGUUAAAGAAAAAACCUCUGGAAAGAAAACCAAGAAGCGAGAAGACCCAUCUUCGGUUCAGAGUGAUCCCUUAUAUGUAAGAGGUGGACUCGCCGCUGCUUAUCAAGCCAGACAAAGAGCUGCAGUACGACGGAGCAAUAGUUCUGCUUCUGGAUUAAGUAGCAAAUAUCACAGCAGUAGUCCUAACAUUCGACGGAUCGUGGCUGGAUCAUCAGAAAUAUCGGCUGCUAGUUCUGAAAGUGACUCAGGUAGGCAUCGUCGACCAUUAGUUAUGUACAUACCGGGUAUUAGUCACCCGGAAAAGUCGUCCGAAAAUGAUGAUAGGGUCAGUAGCACCAUUGCAAGAAGCCAGUCUAUGAUGACACCAUCGCGCCCACCUCGCAUGGUGAAACGAGUGAAUCAGAAAGCGUACAAGGGAUCUAAAGCAGAUCUCCACCGAAAUGGUGACAUUUAUGAGGAAGAUGAAAUCAUGCCAUUGGCUUCUGAAUCUAACAGAAAGAAACCUCCGAAAGUCCCUACAGAUUCAAGGAAACAUAAUGACAUCAAAAGACGUCAUUCUAUGCCAAAGGACACUAAAUUUUCAUGGUUAAAAUGGAGGAUUAGAGGAAAACCGUCUAGGGAGCCAUGAAUCCUAAUUUUUUCUCUGUCACGGGAUCCUCUUCAUUCAACAAACAUGACUUCGAACUUAUACUUGUGACAUUGUUCAUUAGCUUUAUUUCAUCAUAAGAAUGCAUUUUAUGCUCUAAUGUUUUGUACAUAUGGACUUCCUUACAGCCAGUUUGUAACAUUUUAAAGCCUUUCCUUCAAAUAAUUAUCUUAGACGUUGACGUUCAAAAGUAAUUUUUGGAGUAAACCUCUGCUUCAUGUCGCUUUUAACAUAGUCAAGUUUACGGGUAUGUGCACAUUUUUAAUUGAAUGAACCAUUGCGCGGAUAAAGAACUUCUUACUUCCUAUGAAUACUUUGCUUAGAAUUCGUUUGUUUUUGAAUACAUUUCUUCGAUUGCUUGCUCACUGUUAUAAACUUCGACUGACAAAGUGUUCUUCCGAUGGAUUGUGUUUCUACCACCUCAGACUGAAAACUUGACUGCAUAAUUUUAAUGUUAAAUAGCAAAGAAUCAGAACUGAAACUAUUUGUGUAUGUACACUGAAUGUGUGAUGUCAUGCAAUACUUUGUGCCAAUGAUAGUAUAGCAGUCAUAAUAGCUGUGCCAUUAUGUUCUUGAAAAGUUGGCUAUUGCAAACCUUUUUUUUACUUUGCUGUAGCUGACUGUUAAUUCUUUUCAUUGUAUUCAUUAGAGUGCUCAAAGUAGUAAGUAUAACAUACCCUUUUAAUACAUUUUGGUCUUUCCAAUUUGUUGUUUGCAAUAAUUUAAGUGGAUAAAAUAAUUAAGAGUACUUGCUGUGUGUUUCAAAGCUUGAAAAUAAAGCAAAAUAAGCAAAAUAGAAGAGUUUUAAUCUGUAAAAAUUUUAACCGAAAGUUAAAUAUACUCUAAUAUAAGAGUAUAUAUAUAUAUUUUUUUGUAAAAAGUGCGUUGCAUGAAAUAAAUGGUAAUAAAAGAAAAUUAAAAAGAAACGGAGGCUGAUAUUAAUAAUAUAAAAUUUAUUUCUUAAAACUCACUAUUUUAAAGGUUUGACAAAUUGUAUAUUGGCUUGUAUGAAAAACUUAUAUAACUGGCUUUACUAGCUAGUCGAUAUUGAUGUCUUUUAAACUAAAUAUACUGGAAAUUUAAAAUAAUCAUAGUUACAAUUUAAAAACUGUAUUAAUAAGUUGCAAAAUAUUCCCGAAAAAUGUUAACUGUAAAAAAUUUCUUAAAAUAAAAAUUAUCAUAAUUUUUCUUAGAUUCUUUCAGAUGGUUAUGAUAAUUGGAACAAAUACAGUAACACAAUGCUUUUUAUUUAUGAAAAGUAUAGUAAGUGUAUCUUUCAUAUAUUUUAAUUAGUUAACAGUAUCAUUUAAUAUUUUAUUCUGAAUUAAAAAAAUGCUAAUGUGCUUAACAAAAUAAAAGUCUGAUCCAAUUAGCUGUACCAAGUUCAUAAUAUGAUAUUCGAUGUUAUGCUACUAGAGACUGAAUACUCUGAAGAGACUGGAAUAUUCUGAAGUCUCUGUGCUUAUACUAAUGUAAUUGCUUGUAUAAGUCAGAGGUUUCAGCUUGUUGCAGAAAAUUAUAAAAUGUUGUAAAAGCUUUCACCUUUUAAUAGUAAUCUAUCAUCGAUAAAAAGCAAUUCAGUUAUUCCAAUUAGUCUAAAGUUUUGAUUACUUAACAGGAUGUGAUAUUCAUUUUACGUCAUCUUUUCUUCUAAUUUUCAAUAAAAAUGAAACUAGAGUGAUUGCAGUUUGAGCAUUUCUUUGAAAUAGAGAUCGAAACUAACUAAAUUUUUAUUAAAUUAUUAUUAUUUUUUUUUUUUGAGUAAAAAGUAAAGCAUCUAUUAGAAAGCAUUAUUUCAAUACUCAAAAUUUCCAAAAUAAGGAGAUUCAUAAGCUAUUUAUAAAUUUCUACUAGUCUUACAUACUUUUUUAUAAUUUUUCAAACUGCCUUUUCAAUAAGCUGUGGUAAUUUACAAUACUCGAAAGGCAAUAAACGAAAAUUUGACAUUUUAAAUUAAGAAGAUUCUAGAAAAUAUCUGAACAAUCAACAUAUCUCUGCGACUAAUUGCGUCUUAAAUUAAGUAAUGUGACUAUGAAAACUGCUUGCAUGAUCUUCCUGUAUUUAUCAUUUAUUAAACUUAUAUUGUACAAUUUACAGUUUAUUAUUUCUGCCAUUAAAAAAAAUCAGAUUUCAUGAUAACUGAUUAAAGAAACAAGCAAAUAAAUUUAAGUAAAAUAUUAUUAUUAUUUUUAUUGUUUCCGUAAUUUUGAGCUAAAAUUUUUUAAAUGCGUUAAGCAUAUUUGAGUUUAAAAGGUACAGUUAUAAAUGGGACAGCAUUAUAAUGAAAAAUGAGCUAAAUUGUUCGAUUCAAAGAUACUGUAUAAUAAUUCUAAAAUCUAUUGAUUUAAUUUUAUUGUCUUAUUUAAUGCGUAAUUACGUGUUUCAGUAUUUACAAAGAUUACUUUUUGAUUGGAUAACUGAAGAAAAUUACACCUCAGAGAACGGAAGCAACAUACAUAAACACAUACAUACACUCGCAUUAAAGUCAAAAACAAAGGAAUCUAUUGGUAGAGAAUUUCAAUUAUUUUACCUACCUUCUCCAAACAUUUUUUUCUGAUGUUUCCUGAAAUUAUCGACGCAAAAAUAGAGAUAAAUAUUCUUUUAUAUGUAAAGUAUAUAUUCAUUUAUACUUACAGAUAAAUACUCAUUUAUAUCUACAAUGAAGCCCCUUAAGUAAUCCCCUGUUUUAACAUGUCUUUAUUUAUAUGCAUUAAAUAUGAGUAAGAAGGGUAGGAGAGAAAACCUUUUACUUGGAUUUCAAUAUAUAGCAACCUUAAUGUAUUCUUUUAUAUGUAAAGCCUGUUUUCAUAUGUAAAGUAUUCUUUUAUAUUUGAAGUAUAUAUUCAUUUUUACUUACAGAUACUCAUUUAUAUUUACAGUGAAGUCUCCUUAAGUAAUUGCGUUAUUGUCUAACUUUACUUGGUUUUCUAAACAGAUUAGCUCGUUUUUAACCACUUAAAAUUCAUAGUUCCUUGUCCAAUUUUAAUAUGAAAGAUUCCUUUAAUACAUUAUGUAAUUCAGUUUCAUAGAACGUAAUUCGAAAAAAAUCAAAAUUUGAUGUUAUUUUUAUAAAAGAAAAACGUAAAAACUUUUAAGAUUUUUUUAUAUUCAGUAUGAAUUUCGACGUAUGUUUUUCUACUUUAGCAUCUGCUCUACAAAACUGCUUUUCUUAGGAUGGCCGUAUGCAUUUUAAUUGUAAACUUAUACCUAACCAAUCAAAUUUAUAAAUUUGUAAUCAAUUAAUUAACUUUUUUAUUUCAUUAACAAGCAAUGGAUGCUAUUGUAAAAUUUGAAAUGCUACUUUCUUUACUUUAUUGAAUGUUUUCGAAAUUCUAUUAGAAUUUAGCUUGAUUUGAAAAUGUUAUGAAAUGAAAUAGGAAAUAAAAAAUUUUGAAAUCUAUUUCUUUUAAAGAUAGAUGUAUAUCUAAUAAUCAGCAGAUAAUAACUACUACUUUUAAUAUGUAUCAUGGUGAUAUUUAAACCUUAUACAAACCAGUAAUGCAGAAUUUUUUAAACUACUAUUUAGGAUUUUAGGAUUCGAAGUAAAAUUUUGGCACUUAUCCAAACAAUUAAUUAACCAUUAAUAAUAAAACAAGUCAUAAAAAUAUAUAAAGAGACUUAAAAUUAUAAAUGAAAAAUAAUGCUGAACUGGUUAUUAUGAAUUACUUUACAAGGCAAGGUUAGAGUAAUAGAAGCAAAAGGUGAACUAGUUGAAUAUCUACUCUUUCGUAAUAUCUAUUAUUUCACUCUUAAAACUAGUUUUAGCUGGUAUGUUUGGAAAGUGCUUGUUAAGGAGCUCCAGGUAGUAAUAACGAAAGGUUUCCUCCUGAUUUUAAAUAUCUAACCUUCCAAGUUAUUACCGUCAGCCAAGACUUUUAACAUAUGAGAAAAAGUUAAAUAUGUUUCCAAUUCAAAGGUGUUAAUACAAAAUUAAAACGAAGUGCUCUAUAUGUUAUUUAAAAUAUUUACAGUAUUGUGUGUACUUUUGUGGGAGAAAAACGGAAUUAACGAAAUUUAUUCCAAUAUUUCUAUUUCCAUUUCAUUUUCAAAAUGGAGAUUAACUACCACUUUUUUAAAUUUAUAAAAUGUGAUAUAAUAUUUCAAAUAAUUUUGUAUCGGUGAAAUAUUAAAGUAAGUUUAAAGUA